ACCCCUUUCUCCUACACUCUUCUCUUCAACUCCUCUAUUCCACCCCUGUCGUCUAUCUUCAUCUCUGUCAUCUCUAUCGUCUUAUCUUCAUCUCCAUCACCUUCAUCAUCUUCAUCACCUCUAUCAUCUAUCAUCUCAUCACUUUCCAUCAUGCCUCGCUUCGAGGAUGCUGAUUUUGCUGUGGACUCUGUCCCCCCUCAUUCCCCUAGGGAGCAGCGGGAGAGCCUUUCCGGCCAGCUUCCUAUCCCCGGGGACGCCGGCAACACAAUUGAGAUCCCCGCCACUCGCAGCUCGAUCAGCGAUGCUGCCCAGUACAUGCACAACUUGAGUCUGUCGCCCUCGAUGAGAGACCGCCGUGGCUCCCGCAACUCCUUUGGUACCUCGCUGCCCAUCCCUCGUUCGCCGCGGGUCUCUCGCCUGUCGUCGGUCGCCUAUGCCGAUAGCGCUGCUGCCCAGGCUGCCGUGUCGCGUGAUAUCCUGGCCUCGCAGGUCCAGGACAUGUCCAAGGAGAAGGUCGCCGCUGCCAAGAACAUGGCUUUCGCCUUUGACAUUGACGGUGUGCUCGCCCACGGCAACGAGGCCAUUCCCCAGGCCAUCGAAGCUCUGAAGAUGCUCAAUGGUGACAACGAGCUGGGCAUCAAGAUCCCUUACAUCCUCCUCACAAACGGUGGUGGCAAGACCGAGAUCUCCCGCUGCGAGCAGCUGUCGGAGGUUCUUGAGACCCCCAUCUCCACCGACCAGUUCAUCCAAUCCCACACCCCGAUGCAGGCUCUCGCCGAAUACUACGAGACCGUCCUCGUCUGCGGUGGUGAAGGCUUCAAGGUCCGCGAGGUGGCAGAGAGCUACGGCUUCAAGAAUGUCGUCCAUCCCAAGGACAUCCUCGCCUGGGAUCCCACCAUCUCGCCCUGGCGCGCAUUUACCCCGGAGGAGCGUGCCCAGGCCCGCCCCCGUGACUUCAGCAAGGUCAAGUUCGACGCCGUGCUUGUCUUUGCCGAUUCGCGCGACUACGCCACCGACAUGCAGCUGAUCAUGGACCUCAUGCUUGCCGAGGAUGGCCAACUGCUCACCCGCGCCAAGGACCCCGUCGCCUCGCGCAUCCCCGUCUACUUCUCCCAGGGUGACAUGCACUUCCCCACCGAUCACAAGGGUCCCCCGCGUCUGACCCAGGGUGCCUUCCGCAUCUCCAUCGAGGCGCAGUACAAGGCCCUGACCGGGGUCGACCUGGAGCGUGUUGUCUACGGCAAACCCGAGCGCGCCACCUACACCUACGCCGACGAAGUGCUCAAGUCAUGGAUGGAGCAGAUCCACAACGAGAACAAGCUGCCCCAGAACGUGUACAUGAUCGGUGACAACCCGGCCUCGGAUAUCGUUGGCGGCAACAUGUACGGCUGGAACACCUGCCUGGUCCGCACCGGCGUCUUCCAGGGCGGUCCCGGUGAAAACGACCCCAACAGCCCUGCCAGCUUCGGCGUCUUCGACCACGUCCUCGAUGCCGUCAAGGCCGCCGUCCGCAAGGAGCUGGGCCAGGAGUUCAAGUUCAAGUGGAACCCCAAGAUCAACCCCGUGCUCCACGGCGAUGGUGUCUCGGCUGUUGAGUAGAUUGCCACCACCACCACUUCUUUGGGUUUGGGGAAAAAAAGGUUUCUGUUUUUUUUUAAUGGACAUUACGAUGGCGUUACGAGAAUCUGGAUUUCGAAACAACUAGACUUGCGCAUGAAUCCGGGAUUCGGCUUGGUUUCGGCUUGGUUUUUUUUCUUUCUUUUUAUUUU